AGCGACCGACACAUCACUAAUCACUAUGAGAAAACAUGGCGGAGGUCAGGCACUUUGCGGGAAGGGGAGCGUGUGAAUUUGGACUUAAAAUGUCUAAACUCUACCCUCCGCAGAACCGAAUCCGACUCGGAACAAAGGCGCUACAUCCUGGCUUUCUGUCGGCUGGGUUUCCGUUGGAUGACAAUGAAAACCGUGAGCGGAACGGAGCUGGAAGAGCAGCGGAGCGGGCAGCUGCUGCUCGCUGUCGGGACGGAUAUACAAAGGUGAGCCCGCUGCCGGGUGGAGCAGAAACCGGUCCGGAGAAGCGAGACACGCCUAAAAAACGCUGUUUUCUGGGACAUAAGAAUGAUUUAUGUUCAAAUGGGACUCUGGUAGAAUUCACUAAGCGGAUUGUUCCUUCGUAUCGGAGAUGUAAGAAGUUGUGGAGGACUUUGUCCCUCUUUCCCCCGAGCCGGAGUCUGCAUCUGGAUCCUGGAUCUCCUCCAUUUGUUUUCAUCAGGAGCUACAGCGGAAACGGGUCCAGAUCUGAUCCGCUGUACAAAACCAAAACCGGCUACUACGAUGUCCUAGAAGUCCCACCCACCGCCACCAAAGCCCAGAUCAAAACCGCCUACUACAAGCAGUCCUUCGCCUACCAUCCGGACCGGAACCCGGGCAGCGCGGAGGCCACCGACCGCUUCUCAGAGAUCAGCGAGGCCUACACGGUGCUGGGCAACAAGGAGCUCCGGAAGAAGUACGAUCUGGGGCUCCUGAGCCUGUCGGACCUCCGCGGCAGAGCCAAACCCUCCACCGGGGUCUUCACGGGGGGCUCAGCCGAGCAGCAGCCCGGGAGCAGGCAGUCUGUGACGGGCGCAGAGUUGAGAGACAGGCGGUAUGACUUCGAUGAGUUCUACAAGGCCCACUACGGAGAGCAGCUGCAGAGGCAGAGAGACAUCCGGCUCCGGAGGGAGGAGAGGCUGAAGAGGGAGGACAGCUACCAAGACACGAAAUUUGCCAACAUGAUGGAGUUCGGAAUUGGGCUGAUGCUGCUGUUGGCCGUGGGGAUUGUAUUUAGCUUAGGGAAGUGAGGAAAGUUUGGUGGAUGGAUAAGCUUGAAUAGGCUGCUGCUCGUUUUAUGCUUUAAAGCUGCAAUAUGUAACUUUUAAAUAAUUAUUUAAUCAUAUUUGUCAAAACUCUCACUAUGUUGUGACAGUGUAUUAUGAGACAAAUAAUCUGUGAAAAGAUCGAACUCCUGAUAUUGCCAUCUACUAAAAUGUACCACUCCAACAAAAUCAGAGCCAGGAGGAGGGUCUUAGCGUUGCUCAUUAAGCUCAUGUACUCACUGCUCAAUGUGCCAAUGGAGGAGAAACAACUUACUGUCCGCCGUCAUCAGUAGCCAUGCUAACCAGCCUUAGCAUUCACUGCAGGCUCUGCUAUUAGGAAAAACGGGACCGUAGUAGAGAGAAAGGGGAGAGUAAAUGAGCAGCACCACAUGAUUGACAGCAGUAAGACCCUCCUUCUUCCUCUGCUUUCUAGAAACAACCACAGAUUAUCUGCUUCAUUCCAUUCUGUAAUGACAGACAGUUUCAACAAAUGUGUAAAAAAAAAAAAAGAAAGUUACAAACUGCAGACAAAA